UUAUGAGUACAAUCAAGCUGAUUCCGAAUUGAAACCUUUGGAACCAACCGUCGACCAUGCCUAGUCAAUGGAAGUAUGGAACUAAAGGAUGUGUUAGCAGCUACAGACUACAGAGUGCUAAAAACGACCCCCGAAAUAACGUCAACGGCGAUGGCAAGAGGUCUUCCAAAAUGUAUGGAAAAGUGAUUUUCUCUAUAGGAUUCCUCCUCCUCCUGGUCUUCUCCUACUCCAUCUUCAUUGGGACCGUUGAUUUCAGAUCAUACUUCUUUCCUCGACACCCACUGUCACCGGCCGGUCCACGCUCAGCGUGUGCAACCGGGCCGCCUCUUAAGGUCUACAUGUACGAGCUUCCGCGGAGAUUCCACGUGGGGAUGAUGGAUCACAAAAGCAAGAUUGAUGAUGGUGCGCCGGUGACGGCGGAGAAUUUGCCGCUGUGGCCGAAGAAUUCCGGAAUUAAGAAGCAGCACAGUGUGGAGUAUUGGUUAAUGGCUUCGCUUUUGUAUGAGGGCGGUGGAGAGGAGAGAGAGGUGGUUAGGGUUUUGAAUCCGGAGAGAGCUGAUGCGUUCUUCGUGCCGUUUUUCUCCUCUUUGAGCUUCAAUACGCAUGGCCAUAACAUGACUGAUCCUGAGACCGAGAAGGAUCGCCAAUUGCAGGUUGAUGUAAUAGAAUUCUUGUCUCAAUCCAAGCACUGGCAGAGGUCUGGAGGCAGAGACCAUGUGAUUCCCAUGACACAUCCUAAUGCCUUUAGAUUUCUCCGACAACAGUUGAAUGCGUCUAUUCUUAUUGUUGCAGAUUUUGGCCGCUAUCCUAAAUCCAUGUCAACUCUGUGGAAAGAUGUGGUGGCCCCAUAUGUACAUGUUGUUGACUUUUUUACAGAUGAUGAAAUUUCAGAUCCAUUUGAAUCUCGCACCACACUUCUUUUCUUCCGCGGGGGUAUGGUUAGGAAAGAUGAAGGCAAAGUCCGAGCUGAACUGGCAAAGAUAUUAGCUGGUUAUGAUGAUGUUCAUUUUGAGCAAAGCACACCAACACCACGGACAAUAAAAAUGUCAACGCAAGGAAUGCGUUCAUCAAAGUUCUGUCUACAUCCUGCAGGAGACACUCCAUCUUCUUGUCGUCUUUUUGAUGCUAUUGUAAGCCAUUGUGUUCCUGUCAUUGUUAGUGAUCAAAUUGAGCUCCCUUUUGAGGAUGAAAUUGAUUAUAGCCAAUUCUCAAUUUUCUUCUCUGUAAAUGAGGCAAUUCAACCUGGAUACAUAGUUGAUCAACUACGGCAAUUUUCAAAGGAGAGAUGGGUUAAAAUGUGGAGACAGCUUAAGAACAUCUCCCAUCACUUCGAAUUCCAGUACCCACCUAAGAAGGAGGACGCAGUUGACAUGCUGUGGAGACAGGUAAAGCAUAAGCUUCCUAGCGUCCAACUUUCUGUACAUAGAAGCGGGAGAUUGAAGGUUCCAGACUGGUGGCAGAGGACAAGAUGAUUCUGAAGCUUCCUUAUGUAUUGUACAUUCAUGAUUUUUUCCAACACUUAUAACAAAAACCCUUUCGCUGGAAUUAUCGGACUUGCAAACACCACUUCAUAGUCUGACUUCAUAGCUUAUAUGAUUCUUUUCUUGAUUGCCUGUGUGCACAAGAGGCAGGUGAUUUUUUUCCCCAUUAUAGUGCUACAGAACUAAGUUCUCAAGUAUGUACUAACAUGCAACUGUACACAUUUAGAAUUUAGCAAGAGUAGAUUACGUUGGUUUUCAA